AUGGCAGCAAAUAGUGGAGGAGUGGAGUGGGCCUCCGUCGUGAAACAAAUUUUAUCGUCGUUUUCCUUUACUAAGAGUGAUGUCAUCGAACUGUCUAAAGCGAUAAUAAAAAGUGAACAUGAACUUAUCAGUCAUGAUGAAGAACACGAGACUUUUUACACAGUAUUUGCCGCACUUGCUGCUGAUCACAUUAGUGCCAAUGUUCGCAAUGUGUGGCGUAGCCAAAUUGGUAUUGUUACCCAAGCUGCUCGUAUAUUACUGCAGUACUUAUUGGGGAGGCUUCAGGCACAAAUGGCCUCAGGAGAAAAGAGUGGUGCGGAAAAUGAAACUGUGCCAGCUCUUUCAGCAAAGCAGCUCCUCCUUCCAAUCAAAGCUCUUUGCACUGGGUUCAGUACUCUAACAGUUGCAGAUGAAGCUACAUUAUCAUGCAUGAUGAAGAUUGCAAAGUUGCCAUCUCACAUAGCCAUCAGUUUAUCAGGUGACAAGGAAUCUUCUCCUAAAGAGGCCAAGAGAUCACGGACUGAUCUCUCAAGCACCAUCCUAGAAAGACUGGCUAUGCCAAUGCAUGAUUUUGCUAAACCCAAACCGUCAUCAAUGACUACAGUGGCGGAUAAUUCCUCUAACAAAACUGCAGAUUCUGUUCCCCCCAAUCAAACAGAUUCCCUCUAUGAUGUUGAGUCUGUAUUUGUAAUGAAGAACAUUGCUACACUCCAAACUCUGAAAGCUGGAGACCUUUUACUGGACAUGUGUUUGUCUCUGCCCAAUUUAAGCCGUUACAUUCACAAAUAUAGAGAAGCUAUCCAGAAGAAAACCUUAAGCCUUCCAGCCUCCCACUCGGAGGCUUCAUUAAUCAGAUAUAGCCUCCAGGCUCUUGUUACUGAUCUCACCUUGGCCUGGAGCGCCCUCUCCCUUCCUGUCUUGGAACCUCUCUCGACAGAAAAGCUAGAGAAACUCAGCACACUGACCACAUCAUGCUUAUACGCCGCAAUGUGUGUUGCAACUGCCAGUUGUGUGCUGGGAAUCACUUCUUCAGGACAGCAGAAAUGUACUGGUGGAAACAGUGCCACUUCUAAAGCUGAGGAUGAUGGAUUGGCCGAUUCACUGUCAAUUACAGUGGUAGAAAAAGCGUUGGAUAUGUUCAAUUUAGCAUCAAUUGCUAUCAAAAAUUCGACCAAGGCGGGGGGCCAUGUUCACCAAAAUCAUCUUUUACUUGGUGUGUGGAUUUUGGUAACAGGCUUGCAGACUCAGCUCUCCACAUCUAGCUCACUUGUACCUGAAAAGAGUGGCAGCACUAAGGAUGAAAAGGGAAAGUCUCCAAGCAAGGCUCGAGAAGGAUCUAGCCGAAUCAAUCUGAUGAAAGUUCAGCAGGGCUUUGGUGUACUCUCUGUGGCACUGGCUUCCAGAGCUUUUUCCAUGAUGUCAACACUGUUGGAGGACCUGCAAAUUGAAGGUGCCUCAGCAAGUGAAGCUAGUCUCGAGAAACUGAAUGUGGGACCUGCAGGGCUGUCCAUUCAUGGUAACUACACAGCUUUAAACAGAGCUGCUCGGUUCUUGUCUGCUGCUCCUUUGAACCAACUUCUCUUCUGUAUUGCUACCAUAAGUUACCGCAAAGCCUGUUCCCUAAAGCGAGUUCAGAAGCACCCACCAGAAGGUGACAAUUUCAGUACAUCUGAUUCUACCACCUAUUAUGAAGAUGAUCUUAUUAGCUGUUCGGAAGAAAGUUCAGGAGAUGAUGAUGAUGAUGACAGUGAGCCUAUUCUUGGACUAUGGUUUGAAGAAACAAUUUCAGUACCAGAUUCUGAUAAGAAUGGUGCAAGCAACCCAAAUGCCAAUGAAAGCCAAGAUAAUAAGGCUGGUCGAGGGGAUGAAGGCCCAAGCACUGUGGUUCCCGAAAAGGGUGAACCUAAUGGCUACAUUUUAUUAGCAACUCAGAUCUUCCAGUUCAUGAACACCCAUUUUCUUAGUAGUGAGUCACCUCACAUUUGGUCUUAUGUUCAGUCUGGUCUUACGGAGCAACAAAUGGUCAUUCUUGCUGCUAUAGUACGAGACUUGGACAGAGAAACAGCUCGCACAGAAACUGGAACAAUUUCUGUCUACUUUGGUGCCACUCUAGGGCAGCUAUACACAGACUUUUCACAGGCAUUAGCUCGGUACAGCCACAAUCUCUUGGCUCGCAAUGUUUUGAGUCCUACGCUUCAAGCGACUUUACUCAGUCAUCUCGGUGUCAGUCCUUGGGCUGCUCCAGCUGACAGUACAACUUCAUGCACCUCGUGGCCUCUGCAAGUUUAUCCAAGGACUUUAGCAAUUCUUGCUCAGGUUCUCUUGCUCAAAACUCAACAAGAGAAAGAAGCUGCUUGUGUCAACAUCUGGCAUAGACUCAUCAACACUCUGGUGGACAAUGUCUGUAACCCACCUCAGACUUUUGAUGUUGAGAAUGAAGAUUUGAAUGUGGAGCAUGCUCAGCUUUUGCUCUUCCUCUUUCACUCCCUGAACCUGAUGCAGAAGAAAUCAGUUCUUCUAAUUACAGCUAGUGGGGUCAUUCGGUGCGCUGAUGUGCUCUCUAAUGUGGAUGCAAGUAUACCUCCCAGAGACACCCAGCUGUUGCAUCUUGCAAGACUGCUUCUUUUGUUGGAAUAUCUAGUGAAGCACUUGUAUGAUGCUCCACCAUAUCUACUAGAACAGGUGCAAUGGAAUCUUUUCUCUGCAACUUCAUUGGAUGCAGACAACAUUGAAAACAAGGAUGGCUCCCGACUGGCAUCUAGGAUAUAUGUGGCCUGGAGCGAUAUAGAGAAUAAUUACAGAAAGUACGGCCCACAGGAUGAAUUUUCAAUGCGACCACGGUUCUAUGGUCUUGCUACAGCUGAGCUUAAUAAUCAAGAUCAGCCUAAAUUAGAUGGUUUGGCUUGCAACUUUAUUUUGGGGACUCCUGAUAAGUUGAAAUAUCCCCAACUAGUGGAUGCACUUCUAAAACUACUGGGUGUGGUAGAUUUUAGUGUACCGGUGGCAGGUGCCAACCCUCCGAAUUUCACAGCCUUAUGUGCAAUGCAAUACUGUUUCUCGCUCAGCUGGAGGCUCUUACUGCUGCUUCCUCCAUCAACCCCAUUCAUGGACCGCCUUGCUCUGUCCAAUGCCUUGCCUUCAAAUUCUAUUUUGAUGUAUUCUCUAGUUUGGGGACCUCGCUCCACAUACAAGACCUUUGCUGGCUGGAUGAAGGACUGCCUUGUUAAACAAGGGAUAUUCACACAGUAUGCUGAGAAUCUCCUGAAGACUGUUUCAAAAGUUAUAAAUAAUCCCAAAUAUGAUUUGUCAUUGACCAAGGCAUGUAUAAUGGAGCUCCUUCCACAAGUGCCACAAGGAGGAAUAAUUCCUCAAGAGCUUCUGCCUCGCUUAUUUGAUUUGUGUCUGCUUGACACAGUCAUGGCUAGGGUUCAAGUUCAACUUGAUGACAGCCUCAUCAAGCCUCCACCAGAUGCAGAAUCGUCCAAGGGUAGUGCUUCCGAGACUCCAAUACCAACCAGUGAGCUCAUCACAGAGCUGCUGCCAUUUGUCCUAGAUUUGACUGAGUCAGUCUUGGCUGCGAUUCGGUCCACUCUGGUCUUCCAGAUGAAUGAUGCAGUGGAUCCUUCAGACUCUGUUGAUUUCCGACAAGUUCUAUCUGUAGCCUCAUCUCGCUCCCCCAAGACGAGUAUUCUCGGUGCAGCUCUUACUGUUCAUCUCCCAGCAGGAGUGCGAAGUACAUUGGAAAGAUGGAAUGCCUUGUCGUGUUUUGAAUUCCCAUGGAAUACUUAUGCAAAUGACGUCAUUCCUGCGGAAAGUUACUGUUUGAGCGUCAUCAAUUCACAUGUAUCUUCAUUGUCUUCACAUCCAAUGUUCAGCACUAAUAUAUCACUGAAGCAUCUCCUACAUUCUCUAGUUGGUUUUAUUGGCUCACAUGCGGAGCUUAUUGCCAAGUUCACUGGGCCUCAGGCUGAGGUGAAAACUAGAGUUGUCAACAUUCUUGUGCCCUUGACGAUUGAUGCAUGCACUGAGUAUCUUCAUGACUCAGCUGUUAGAGCACUAGAAAAGAUCUUGGGUGAUGCUGACUCUGAAGAACAUCUGAAAACUGUAUACGCGGUUGUGUUGGGACAUGUCUUUACUCUAAUCAACAACUACACACUCAACAAUUAUUUUGACCCCAAAAAUCCCAACAGACCAUGUGCACCUGUUGACUGUGGCAUUCUUCAAGAUUGCUUGGCCUUCUUGGAAGGUCUACUUGAUAAACCAGCUGGCCCAGCUGCACUUGAGAAAUUCUUUGAUCCUGUAUCGGGUGGUGGUGAUUUGGUGAAGAUCUUGCUAUCUAUUGCAUCCCCUCAAACUGCACACUCCCCACAGUACGGCACAAGAGUACUCAGAUUUUUCAACAGAAUCUUUGCAGCGGAGGAAAAGAGUCCAGGGGAUUCCAGCUUGGACCACCUGUGCCAUACAAUUUCUCGCCUUGCUACUGUGGAUGCAGCUGUACUUGAGACAUGGAUUCGCCAUGUUGUUUUAGGAGGUGUUUCUGUUACUAGUCCCACUCCGCAAGUCGUUCCUGCCCUAUUGACCUGUACUACUUCUGUAGAAAAUGAUCAGAAUGCUGCAAAUGAUACCAUUGCUGAAACAAUGGACGAGCAGCCGACACAACAAACCACCAUGAAUGUCAGUGUGCCAGCUGCUGCAACUGGUGCUGAAGAACACCAGGCCCUUGUGCAAGAAAACGGUCUGCUUCUGCAAAGCUUGACAUCAUACAUGGUGAAAGAGAGGGGAGCUUCAUGUGAAGAAGCUGCAGUUGCUCUUUUGAGAGCUAUAAUUCCAUUUGGAGCUCAGGUUCUUUAUCCUCCACUGGAGGGAACUGGGUUCAGUGAACUUAUGGGUGUGAUGGCAACCUUAGCGGAUGCUGGUACUGGGCGUGGUCAUGUUGAACUUCUCACUGCCUGUCCGGGCUGGAUGAAUAUAUGUAAAGAAUACCUAUCAAAUCGUGAGGCUUUGGAAUCCCUAGAAUCUCCAGAUGGCCCUUCAAGCAAGCAACAAGUAAUGUUGGAUGCCUGCUGUUGUCUCCUGACUUACAUAGCUGAUGUAUUCAGCUGUUUACCAAGUAUGACCCAAAAUGCUCGAGCAACGUCACCUCCAUGGGAAGGUGAAUCACCUCCUGAUGUCGACGCAGAUUGGGCUGACGAUAUCGCUCAUGACGAUGAAGAUAGUAGUGCUGAAGAUUCUGAUGAAGACAGUCUAUGUAGCAAGCUGUGCACAUACACUAUUACUCAGAAAGAGUUCAUGAAUCAACAUUGGUAUCACUGCCACACAUGUAAGAUGGUUGAUGGUGUUGGUGUCUGCACUGUGUGUGCUCGAGUAUGUCAUCGCGGCCAUGACAUUACAUAUGCAAAAUAUGGGAACUUUUUCUGUGACUGUGGUGCCAAAGAGGAUGGCAGCUGCCAGGCUUUGGUGAAGCGUAGCCCUCAGUCUUCCAAUGAGCAUCAAGCAAACCAGAUCAAUAGUGGCAUUGAGCGAGCUGCAAGUAAUUCUGGGCCGGGAACUUCUGGAACUUCAGGUGCUGAACAAAUGCUCCCAAGUUCAUUGCGUCGGCGCGCUUCCUCUCCUGUGAACCUAGAUAGGAGUUUACAUGUUGUGAAAGAAAAAGUUCGACUUGCGGUGCUUCAUGAGCAAUUAGAACACCUUCGAGAGCCCCUAAUGCAGAUUGUAUCUGAAAAUCCAAUGGCUACAACAAUGCUUGAAUUGUUGAACAAUCUUCUCCCUGCAGUUGAUGCUUCAUGCCAGCUUGUUGCCCCUGUUGGCUGUCAUCAACGUUGUCAGAUAGCACUGAAGGCUUUACACAGGCUCCCCAAAAAUUAUGAAUACAAUGAUCAAAUUAUGGUUCCUACUUUAGGUUCUCAAGAAGGUGCUUUUGAGAAUGUUCGAAUGAGCUACUCAGGAGACCAGGGUCAAACCAUAAGGCAGUUACUCUCAGCCCACAUGGUUCGCCGCGUGGCUAUGUGUUGUCUGUCAUCUACCCAUGGCAAGCGCCAGCACCUUGCUGUUUCUCAUGAAAAGGGGAAAAUUACUGUUUUACAACUCAGUGCCUUGCUGAAACAGGCUGAUGCUUCUAAGCGCAAAUUAACACUGACAAGGCUAGCAUCAGCUCCAAUUCCGUUUACUGUGCUGUCUGUUACGGGAAAUCAAUGGAAUGAAGAUUUCCUGGCUGUAUGCGGACUGAAGGACUGUCAUGUUUUGACAUUUAGUAGUGGUGGAUCUGUAGCAGAGCAUCUUGUUCUACAUCCACAGCUUGAGACAGGAAAUUUCAUAAUUCGAGCCAUUUGGCUUCCUGGUUCUCAGACUCAGCUGGCUCUUAUUACAGCCGAUUUUGUAAAGAUAUAUGACCUGAGCAAAGAUGCUUUGAGCCCUCUUUACUACUUCCUAGUCCCUACAGGCAAAAUUCGGGAUUGCACUUUUGUGUGCACAGAGGACAAUGUUAUGCACAUGAUGCUGAUGUCAUCAGCAGGCGACAUUUACAGUCAAGCCAUGGAUGAAGAAAGCCAGGCUAAACAUGGACCAUUCUAUGUUACUAACACUCUGGAAGUGGUCCAUUCUGAUAUAAGGGAAAACAAUGUGCAAGUGUGUGGAGGUGGUGUGUCCAUCUACUAUUCCCAUGUGUUGCAACUACUUUUCUUCAGCUAUGCUCAGGGCAAGAGCUUCAUUGGCGCUCUGCAGCAUUCCAAGGGAGAGUGGUCAAUGCCCAUGGUCUUCCCUAUUGUUUUGAAUAGCAGUGGUGGUGCCAAAUCCAGUGCUAGCACCAGUGGGAAUGCAGCCAGUGGAACCAAUGGAGCAAGCAAACCUGCAUCACAGCCACUGUGCCAAUGGAGUGAGGUCCCUAAUCAUCCAGGCCUUGUUUGCAGUUUACUCCAAAGCAGUAAUAAUCCUGUAAUCCUCAUGAUCAGACCAGACACCAUUUUGAUUCAAGAAAUAAAGGUUGUUCCUGCUAAAGCAAAGAUCAUGGAUAUGGUUGCGUUACGGCAUCCUUCAUCUCAUUCUGAUCACCGAACAACCUUGAUCUUGCUUUGUGAGGAUGGAAGUCUGCGUAUCUACAUGGCUUCAAUGGAAUACACAGGCUUCUGGCUCUCUUCUAGUGUUCAAGCAACCAGUCCAAUUGCAAACUUAAAAUCAACCCGGAGGAAGAAAUCAGUUAAAACUGUCAAAUUGUCAGGGCAGGUUUCCUUCCCUGUUGACUUCUUUGAACACUGUCAAGCUAUGAAUGAUGUUGAGUUUGGAGGCAAUGAUCUUCUCCAAAUCUACAACACUCAGCAGAUUAAGCAUAGACUUAAUACAACUGGCAUGUAUGUUGUGUCUACCAAACCAACAGGUUUUACAUUAGAGGUGACCAACUCUGAUAAUACCUUAGUCAUGACUGGUUUGAGAGUUCUUCUUGGAAGCCAAGACCAAACUCGGGCUCCAUCUUAUGUAGAAAUAUUUGGUAGGAGUAUUGAGACCAUAAUCACCCGCAACCGAUGGUUUGAUAUUCCUUUCACCCGAGAAGAAUCCUUACAAGCUGAUAAAAAAAUCACUGUGGUCUUUGGUCCAUCAACUGACCCUGAUGGUGUGACCAUGGUUGACUCUGUAAAGGUUUAUGGUAAAACUAAAGAUGUGCUGGGCUGGCACGAAGAGCAGGAAGAGUCUGUCAAUCCAGCUCCCUCUUCUGCACCUCCAGCUACUGGAACACCAACAGAAACUGACACCAGUGGAAAUGCUCUUGCGCUCCCUCCUCUUACUUCACUGGACCGUAUUGUUGCUGGGCUCUUGGAGGUACUUGAUGGGUGCUUCACUCUGACCAAUCACUUGAACUUGGACGAGACACGACUCAACCAACGGUCCAAGGCUCUUAACCUGGCAACAACAUUGUUGACCAUGCCAACUCCGGUUUGUGUUCAAAUGUACACAAAAUCUCUUCUUGUAGCUCUCCAUGCAAAUAGGACUGUUUACCACAGUUACAAGGAUCAUGCUCUUCUGACUUAUGUGCAACAAUCGCUUGCUCAGCUGCGUGCCAUCCAAGAUCCUUGCGAUCUAGAUGCAGAAGCAUUUUACCGGCUUGUCCUCAUAGCUCGAGGGGUAGCUGUGACAAGACCACACAACUUAGCAAAGUUUGCUGACACAAGAGUUCAAUACGACAAGUGUUUGGUUGACGGUCUAGCUGAGACAGAAAAACCUAAACCUGAUGACUCGAAUCAUCUUCUGACGCAUAUGAUGUCAAUACUGUGGGACCUUCAUGGGGCCCACCCUUCAAACCUGGCUCUUGCACCAGUGUGUGUGCCCGGCUUGACCCACGUUGAAGCAACUGUUCAUGCUAUGGUUGAAAUUAUCCACGCGUUUACCAUCUGUGAUAUGGAGGGCACCAUGAGCUUGGCUGCCAACAUGUACCGAGAAAUGCUAAUGCACGCAGACCCAGCAGUGAGCUUUAGUGCCAAACAAGCCCUUUGUCGUGUGUUGAGGCCGAGAUCCCGUCGUCGUCGUGUCUUUAUGUCUAGUCCUCCACAUUGCAGCACACCAGGGGGCACAACUGAGAUGGAAUCUGAGAAAGGGCCGGUGUCACAACCGUCUCAAGAUUCUUCUGAAGCCGAGCCACACUUUGAGGUGGAUCACGUAGAGCCUCUGAUGUUGCUGCAAGCUGAUGGAGCUCCUGCCCCUCCAGCUGUUGGAGCAGGCCCAGGCGCUGUCGCCGCCGCUGUUGGUUUGAACAUGAACCAGGUAGAGGGCCUUUUGGUCGGUGCCUUGGGUGGUGCUUUGGGCAAUGUACCUGCUGGAUUUGCCCCUCUUCUGGACAUUCCUCCAGAUGCAGAUGACGAGACUAUGGUCGAAUUAGCGAUUGCUCUCAGCUUACAGGAUCAUGAUGGUGCUGACCUCCAAAACCUGCAGCAAGGCCUUGCUAAUCUGGGUGGAAACCUUCAGGGUCUUGCACAAGGUUUAGUACAGGUAGGGUUGGCAGCUCAGGUGGAGGCAGUCCAAGCAGAAGCAGGACACUAUUCCGACACCACAGCUUCAGCUGGAGGCUCUGAUGAUGAAGGAUCAACAGCUGCCACUGAUGGGAGCACUCUCCGCACAUCGCCUGCCGAGCAGGGAGGAAGUGCUGGCUCAGAAAGUGGGGGCAGUGGUGUUGACAGUAUAACUGGUGAACACAAUGUAUCUGGGAGAAGUUCUGCUUAUGGUGACAACAUGCAGGAGCCUUUAGUCGGUGCAAGAAGUGAAACCAGCUCAUUGGGUGUGCCAACUGGAUUCCAGGCCCAUGAGACUGAUGGUUUGUUAGAACCUGAACCUGACCAAGAACCAGAAACUGAAAAUUCAUCACGCCUGCAUCAACUACGUCUUCAAUUGUUAGAACGCCUCCUUGAAUAUGUUCCUCAGCUGAAGGAAGUUGGUGGUGUUCGAUCCAUACCUUUUAUGCAGGUUCUUCUCAUGCUUGCAUCAGAUCUCGAUGGAGAGGAAGAGAAAGACCGUGCAUGUCUUGAGAACAUGCUGAACACAAUUAUUGGAGAGCUGAACAUGCGAAAGCCUAGUAAUAAGUAUACAUCUAUUUACCAACGAUCAAAUGAAAGAGAAGUGCACUUGGUUAUCAUGCGUUUGCUUAGUGUAUUGAUGUGUCGGUCUAAAUCAAAUGCAAAGUCCAGCCAUGAUAGCUCUGCCUUUGCUGCACAGAUGUGUGCUGUUAUGCUCUUCCAGGCAGGUGUCAUUGACUAUUGCCUUAAGUUGCUGAAAGCCCUAUUAGCGUACUGGAAAACCACCACUCUUGAAGAGUCAGCUAGUACCCCAGGAUCUACACUGCUCAAACCUCACCUACCAGCUUCUCCUCCAGAUAUGUCUCCCUUCUUUUUACGGCAGUACGUCAAAGGACAUGCCCAUGACGUCUUUGAGUCCUACCCUCAUUUGCUAACAGAAAUGGCUCUAAGACUACCCUAUCAAGUGCAGAAACACUUGGACAACACACCACCCAUACUUGUUACCUUUGAACAGGCCUGGUUCUAUUAUUUAUGUGAAUACAUGAUGAUCCAGGAAACUCCAUUUGUCAGGCGUCAAGUUCGAAAGCUUCUCAUGUUUAUUUGUGGGAACAAAGACAGGUACAGACAACUACGAGAUCUACAUUCUUUGGCUUCACAUGUCAAGACUGUUAUGCAAUGUGUCGGUGAAAACAACAGUCCAGACUCUCCAACACCCUCUCCUCAGAAUUGGGUGCAGUUGCCUUAUGAUACCUUAGUGGGUCUUGUCGAACAACUCAAAGCUUGUGUUGAGAUUGCCACCAGCCGCACCCUUAAUUGGCAACGGUACUGCAUGGGUGACGAUCACAUUCUGCCUUUCCUCCUUCGAGCAUCCUGUAUGCUCGAUGAAGCUGUCGCACCACCCAUUCUUCAGCUUUUGGAAUGUGCUGUGUGUUCUGCCAAGGAAAUUAAGCAGGCUGCUGCAGCUGCAGCUGCUGCUCAGUCCACAAACCCACCUGCUCCAACAACUGUACCACCACCUCCAGUCCUGCGGAAGGACAGAGAAAAGUCUGAUGACUCUGAUCUUGAGCAACGCUUCGAAGAUGCUCAGUGUGUGACGCUAAUCAAGCAAAUCAAUUCUCAGGUUCCUCAAGAACAAAUAUCACAGUUUGUGAAAACGUUCCUUUUGGAAACAAAUGCUACGUCGGUUCGCUGGCAAGCACAUGCUCUUAUUCUAGCUAUUUACAAAAAUUCUCCUGCUGCUGAGCAAGAAAAGCUUCUUGACCUGAUGUGGCAGCUGUGGCCUCAACUACCUAUUUUUGGACGGAAAGCAGCUCAAUUUGUUGACUUGUUGGGAUACUUCUCUUUGUGGACUCCCCUUUCUACCAACAAGAGAACUGAAUAUAUUUGUGCUGCAGUAGGAGUUUUACGUGCACAGAACCAACUUCUGGCUCAUCAUCCAAAUGCCAGCUUGUAUAGUCAUUUAGCUCAAUAUGUUGAACUAGAUGGUUAUUACUUAGAAAGUGAACCCUGUCUUGUUUGUAAUAACCCUGAGUUACCAAUGACCAGCAUUAAGUUGUCUGGAAUUAAGAUUGAUUCAAAAUUCACAACGACCACUCAAAUUGUCAAGCUUGUCGGCAGCCACACUAUCAGCCGUAUCACUCUCAGAAUUGGUGAUCUGAAGCGUACCAAAAUGGUACGAACCAUCAAUAUUUACUACAAUAACCGUACUGUUCAGGCUGUUGUUGAGCUUAAAAACAAGCCAGCUAUGUGGCACAAAGCUAAGAGGGUCAACCUUGUUUCUGCUCAAACGGAAGUGAAAAUUGAGUUCCCCCUUCCUAUUGUUGCCUGUAACCUGAUGAUUGAAUAUGGGGACUUCUAUGAAAACAUACAAGCAUCCUCAGAAACAUUGCAGUGCCCACGAUGCUCAGCAUCUGUUCCAGCCAAUCCUGGAGUGUGUGCAAACUGUGGGGAAAAUGUUUUCCAGUGUCACAAAUGCAGAGCUAUAAAUUAUGAUGAGAAGGAUCCCUUCUUGUGCCAUGCCUGUGGCUUUUGCAAGUACGCUAAGUUUGAUUACACUCUAACAGCAAGAGCUUGCUAUGCUGUGGACCCAAUUGAAAGUGAUGAUGAUAGAACAAAGACUGUUGCUACAAUCAAUUCUCAUUUAGAAAAAGCUGACAGAGUUUAUAAACAACUCAUUAGUAAUAAGCCAACACUAGAGAUGUUCCUCCUCAAAAUAAGUGAGCAUCGGCAAGACCGAUCCUCUGAGGAAUCAGCAACUACCACAACUAGCAGUUCAGGAGUUGGCACUCAAGUAAACAGAGCCAUUCAAUUACUAGCCCAACGUUAUUGCGGAGAGUGCCGUACUUCAUUUGAAGAACUGAGCAAAAUAAUACAGCGUGUACUUGCCUGUAGGAGAGAGUUGGUUGCCUAUGAUCGUAAUCAACGAGAGCAGAUUCCUUCUGCACCGGAAAGAUCCAGCAGCAGUCUGACUAGCACAGCAAACGUCAAUGAUUCUUUCCCAGCGGGCCACAACCCUGGACGUUGUUUUGGAUGUGCAUCUGCUGCUACGGAGCAUUGUUUGACUCUACUUCGUGCAUUAGCUUGCAGCAAUGCUUCUAGACAAGUACUUUGUGCCCAAGGCUUAGUGGCACAAUUAGCUGACAACAAUCUCCGCAGAGGCACUGUGCAGGUGCAAGAAGAAGUACGCCAACUAUUAUGUUUGUUAACGAGAGAUAACCCCAAGGCUACAGAUGAACUUUGUACUCUCUUAAUGGAUCGAAUUGCACUUACUCUGCGAGGACAUCUCACCAGUGCAGAUUUAUCAGCUUCUGUGCGUCAUGAAAUGGCUCUGUUGUCUGCUCUGGUGCACAAGGAGGACUCAUGCUGGGAGCAAAAGUUGAGAUGUGUCAUGCAAUUAUUCUUGAUGGCAUGUAAAGACUCUAACUCACCUGUGGUCUUAGAAUCAAUCACUCUGCCGUGCCUUAAAAUCCUCUCUGCUUUCAUUAAACCCGGCCAACCGAGUUCCAAGAAGAACAAAGAAAAAAUGAUUGGUGAUUUAGCAACAAUUUCUCCUGUUGAGGGAGUUGUUGUCAAUGUCCGUAAAUGGCUUAGUGGUGAUCCAAAGCACACAUAUUCUGCCUGGCAUCAACACAUGCCCAGGCGCAACAGUGACACGCCCUCACCAAGCACCACAAGCCCUACUCCAUCCAAAGCAGAAUCAAGAGCUCGCUACCUUAUGGAGAAAUAUGGUCAAAGAUGGAGGCAACGAACAUUAUGCCAUGCCAUGCCUUUGAAGUUAACUGAUACAGCAUGGCUGAAACAGGUUCUUUUCAACCCCAGCUCUCGUCUUGCUAGGAUUGUCGCAUGCAGCAUGCUUGAAGGCCUGUGCCGAGUUCCCGCUUGGAAGAAAGACAUUCUGGAUCUUCUUACUGGCUUCCUUGGUGAACUUAGUUCAGCUGGAGAAAGUGCCUCUGAUUUCCUUGCUUUGUAUCAAAGUCUGCUCUACCAAGCUCCAUGGAGACAGUACUUGGCUGUUAAAGGAGUACUUUUACAUUUAGCUGAUUUGCUUACAAAGGAAAUUGAAAUAUUGCAUUGUCUGGAAGACACUACUCUUACGUCUGACCUUGCUCAGGGCUAUGCACUCAAGCGUUUAACUGAGCUGCUUGCAUCCUUCCUUGUCGAGGAGAAUAUCAAGCAACAAUUUAAGGGCCGUUUAGUUGGGGCUGUACUGAAUGGAUAUCUUUCCCUGAGGCGGCUUGUAGUGCAACGUACAAGACUGAUUGAUGACACUCAAGAAAAACUUCUAGAACUGCUCGAAGAGAUGACCACAGGCACAGAAGAAGAAACUAAAGCCUUUAUGAAAAUCUGCAUUGAAACAGUUCAGCGAUGCAGUAUUCAGGAUGUCCGUACCCCUGUUUUUAUAUUUGAACGUCUGUGCUCUAUCAUUUUCCCCGAGGAAAAUGAUGUUGGGGAAUUUUUCCUCUCUCUUGACAAAGAUCCACAGCAAGAAGAUUUCCUUCAAGGGCGGAUGUUGGGCAAUCCAUACAGUAGUUCUGAAGUUGGACUGGGUCCAUUGAUGAGGGAUGUGAAAAAUAAAAUUUGUCAAGACUGCGAGUUAGUGGCACUGCUGGAAGAUGAUAAUGGAAUGGAGCUGCUGGUUAACAAUAAGAUUAUCAGCCUGGACCUCCCUGUUAGAGAAGUUUACAAGAAAGUAUGGGUUGCUGAAGGAGGUGACGGUGAUGUCAUGAGAGUUGUGUACCGCAUGCGAGGCCUGCUGGGCGAUGCCACUGAAGAAUUUGUUGAGACACUCCAUGCCAAGAGUGAACAGGAAGUGAACAAUGAAGAAGCAUACAAAAUGGCAAAUGUCAUGGCAGAUUGUGGAGGAUUGAAAAUUAUGCUAGACCGAUUAGCAGCUAUUAAAGAUACUUCAAGGUCCCGCCCACUACUACAGGUGUUGCUGAAGCUUUUCAGAUUGUGUGUGAAAGUGUGUCGGAACCAAGAGGUGUUAACACAGCCGGAACUGGGUGCCAUGACAAUUUUCCUGCAGACCCUGCAGCUCUGUCUCACAGCUGAAACGGCAUCACUCACCCAACAGCUGCUCGACAUCAUGGAGACAGUGCUGUCCAAGUCAGCCUCACAGCCUCUGGCAACUUUUGUCAGGUUCUCUCAUACCUUUGGAGGAACAGAGCACAUAGAGUCUCUGCUCACUUGCACUACAGCUCCAGCUACGCGGAAUAAUUCAUCUGUCAUCCUUCAUCUUGCGAGAGUUCUUGCUGCUAUAACAUAUGGCAACGAAGAGAAAAUGGCACUCCUGUGCAAUCAUUUCCAGUCUGCCCUUGAUUUUAAUCGAUUUGAUUAUGAACACACCUCUGAUGAUGAACAUAAAUUAGAACUGUUCUGCAUCUUGACUGCAGGUAUUGAAAGGAAUGCUAUAGGAAAUACUCUGAAAGAUUACAUAAUUUCUCUUAAUAUUGUUAAGCAUGCUCUUGAGUACAUAACAAGCCAUGCUCCUUGUGUUAAGCCGACUCUGUUACGAACUGAUAGUGAAGAGUGGAAGGAAUACAUCUCAAAACCUGCUCUGAAGUAUGUCCUACGUUUCCUAACUGGCCUAGCAGCUGAUCAUCCAGCUACACAGCUUGCAGUGGCAGCUGAAUGCAUCCCCAUCAUACAUCGCCUUGAACAGGUGUCCUCUGAUGAGCACGUUGGCUCCCUUGCAGAAAAUCUACUUGAAGCAUUGCGCACUCAUACUGGUGUUGCAAACCGCAUUGAAGAAGUCAGAGAGCAGACAAGAGCAGAAAAGAAGAGAUUAGCUAUGGCAAUGAGAGAGAAGCAGCUAGGCGCUCUCGGGAUGCACACAAAUGAAAAAGGACAGGUGACAGCCAAGUGUAAUAUGAUGCAGCAGUUGGAGGACCUUGGUGAAGAGACUGGCCUUGUUUGUGUCAUCUGCCGAGAAGGUUACAAGUUCCAACCUAACAAAGUCUUAGGAAUAUACACAUUCACAAAGAGGUGUAACAUAGAGGAAUUUGAGAGCAAAGCACGCAAGACUGUUGGUUAUAGCACCGUCACCCACUUCAAUGUGGUGCAUGUUGAUUGUCAUAUGAGCGCUGUGCGGCUGGCUCGCGGCCGUGACGAGUGGGAGUCCGCUGCUCUGCAAAACGCCAACACCAAGUGCAAUGGCCUUCUGCCUCUUUGGGGACCCCAAGUUCCAGAAUCUGCAUUUGCCAGCUGUCUUGCAAGGCACAACACCUAUCUCCAGGAAUGCACUGGACACAGGGACAUUGGAUAUGCAUCUACUGUCCAUGAUCUCAAGCUGCUACUUCUAAGGUUUGCUCAGGAGAAGAGUUUCCAUGAUGACACUGGAGGUGGAGGACCCCAAUCCAAUAUGCAUAUUAUUCCUUACCUGAUUCAUAUGGCCCUCUAUGUGAUAAACACGACUCGAUGUGGUGCUCGAGAAGAGAAGACUUUGACUGCUUAUGCAGAUGCAGCUCCUAAUGAGAGGUGGAUUGAAGUGAGCUACGCCUCAGAUGGACCAAUGUAUUGGAUGGUGCUGUCUUUGCUUUUGCAUUCACCCUUGCGUUGGCAGACUACAAGAAUUUCACACUUGAAACGCGCCAUAGCAACAGCUCAGAUUCGCCACAUAUCCCCAACACUCCCUACAUCUUCUGCUGGGACAAGCAAGUUGACUGAUGCUUCCGUCAAAGACUAUUCCGUCUAUAAACCAUAUCUCAUCUUCUUUGGUUUAGUUGAUGGUAUUUACUCCAACUACUUGAAGAAGGUUUCCAUGACUUCAUCCACGGAGGAUCAAUGGCCAUCUGCUCUUGCAGACUACAUCAGACAUAAUGAUGAAGCUCUGAUGAAAGCAUCUGAGCGCCUCAUGGCAAUGUAUCGCGAAGAACUGUUACCAUGUGCCACUUUUGAUGAGUUCUGUGAUGUUGCUAAUCUGCUAGAAGAUAUCCCCAAUCCAAUGUUGUUCUUGGAAGAAGUGCUUGAGAGCCUCACCUGAGGUCACUUAAAUUUUACAACUGGGAAACUAGUCUUAUAAACAUGUAUGUAGUCUUGAACAUGUGACUUAAAUUAUUGUUAUGGUUAAAUAAAAAGUGAUACUUUAGAUUUUGUGAAGUGUUUUCACAUUUUGUGAACAAGAGACCUUUUUUUCAGUUUCUAACAUCUCUAUGUAAUAUUAAAAUUUUAAGGAAAUGUAUUAUUUUACUGUUAUUUUUGUGAUGUUAUACAUGAUGUACAAUGUUAUUAUUGCAAAUGGGCAAUUUAUGCUCCCUUAAAACUUUAGAAUUUUGUAUAACUUGUCAGGUAUAUGUGGACUUCCUCUUAUUUUGUGUUUUAUUUUAACAGCUUGCAAAAAUGCACUGUGAUGCUUUUGUGUUAAUGUGAUUGAGUAUUAAAAUUGCUGUCAUGCGUAUGUAAAUUA